GCCGCUCGCUGACCUCCCCGGGUAAGCACGGCCCCUAAAACCAACCCCAAAAACCGCGCCCCUCCGGCCCCGGGGGCCCAAAACGAACAACCCCACUACACGCCCUGCGGCCACAUUGUCACCGUCCAACCAAUCCCUCACCGGUUGAGCCACGGCCGCUACGUUCUUCUUUUUUUGUUGUCUUUCCUGCGACAGCAAUUCUCCUCUCUUCUCCAACGCACGCUCGUUCCAACUUACCGCAUUGGUUUUUCACAAGACCAAUUUCGGCAAGCCUCUCUCUUCUUCCUCUUCUCCUGGUUGGCUUGCCCUCAACCAAACCACCAUGACAACCCACGUCCCUCGCGGGCCAUACUCCGACACCGAGCUUCAAUCGCUCUACCCGCCCUCUCUCCAGCUCCAACAAGUCCAGAUCCUCCUCCGCCAUGGCGAGCGCACACCCGUCAAGACACGCUUCGCCAAUGCCGGUGUCCCCGUCUACUGGCCCUACUGCUCCGUCAUGCGGCAGAUGCGGUCUGCCAUGCUCAACCCGCAAAAGGGCUCCGUGUCCACCAUGGAAUGGCGCCGGCAGCUCGAAACUUUUGGCAAGGACGACACCAUUACCGCGGCAGCCGGUGCUGGCGGCGAGCUCGACGCCCUCUGUGAUCUAGGCAUGCUGACUGACCGCGGCCGCGAGACCACGCUCCAGCUCGGCACCCGCUUCCGAAAGCUAUACAUUGACCAGCUCGGCUUCCUCCCGGCGACUAUGGACUCCAACGACCUGCUGUACCUUCGUGCGACGCCUAUCCCGCGUGCUCUCGAGUCGCUCCAGCAGGCUUUCCAGGGCCUGUACCCGAUCCAGACCCGCGCGCCUCAGCUUCCCUUGCCGACUAUCUACUCCCGAUCUUUCGACAACGAGACGCUCUUCCCCAACGAGACGGCGUGCCGUCGCUUCGGCAUGCUUGCUCGCGAGUUCGCCCAGCGUGCCGCCGAUACCUGGAACGACAGCAACGACAUCAAGUAUCUCAACGAAAAGCUCGGCAAGUGGAUGCCCGUCAACAGCCCCACGAUUGCCGUCGACUCUAAGCCGCGCCUCGUCGGUAUCGUCGAUUCAAUUAACUCGACCGCAGCCCACGGACCCCAGACUCGCCUCCCCAAAGAAUUCUACGACCCUAAGGUCAAGGCUAUUGGCGAGAAGAUUGUGGUGGACGAGUGGUUCACCGGCUACAAGGAGAGUCAGGAAUACCGCACACUAGGCAUUGGCAGUCUGAUGGGCGACAUUGUCGAGCGUAUGGUCCGCUCGGUUGACCCUUUGCCCAAGACCACCAUAAGACCGUUCCGCAUGAGCCUUAGCGGAUGCCAUGACACCACAAUGGCCGCCAUUGUCGCCAGUCUCGGCGCGUACAACACCGAGGCAUGGCCUCCAUUCACCAGCCACGUCGCCAUUGAGCUCUUCCGCGAAGCCGGUAAGCCACCACCAGCUUCCGUGUCGUCAUGGGUGCCCUCCUACUUUGCUGGCAAAACUGGAACCAUCGGUCGCAAACACACACCCUCCUUGUCUGAAGCCGAAAAAUCAAAGUUGAAGGGCCACUAUGUUCGCGUUCGCUACAACGACGAACCAAUCACUAUCCCGGGUUGUAAGCCAGCUGGCAAGCACUUGGAAGGAGACGAAACAUUCUGUACACUAGAAGCAUUUAAAUCCAUUGUAGACAAGUUUACACCCAAGGACUGGCACAAGGCCUGCCAAUCCAACCUGAAAGAAUCAGCAUUCCCUGCCAAGAUAGAGCCGGCAGGCUACUAAAUAAGCCAUAUAGACACCGACCAAAAAUGUACAUAGCCUCUCUUUCCUAGUCUCCUUUUUCAUGUUAGACACAUCUAUACGCCAAAUCUUGCGAUACAGGUAGCGCAGCUUAAGAGAAUUGGAAAAUCAGUAUGAGUAUUCGAGCUGGCGUCGCCGCCAGCAUAUGCAUUCAACUAUCCAUGCUAUGUGAUAUUGCUGCCCCUGUCCCGUUGUAUAUCUUUGCUCUUUUCCCAGUGCGCUCUUCUGAGCCUGCACAUUUGGUAUCCAAAAAAAUGAGCAUAUACACCCAUCCACUAACCUAUCCAACUUGCCCUCUGUCCGCCUCACCUCCCAUUCCAACAAUCCGUAUCAAGUCGAUUUUAAGCCUGACAAAAAAGAAGAAAAGUAGGAUAUUAGGCAUACAAGAAAGGAAGGUGAUAAAACAAGUACUAAAAGAAAAUACGUGAAAAUGAAGGUAGCAGCCCGGGGAAAAAUAGAAUAAAAAGGAAGGAAUUAAGCGGGCUGCUGGUAAAUGAAGAUGAAAAUGAGACAUUGCAAACAGAUAUAAACAAGAAAUGAUUAGCAGAGUCGUGAACACACGCCUCGAAGAGGAAUUGUGCGCUGAUACAAGCACACAGGAGUCGGAAGCUUAGUUGGCCACUUCUUCCUCAGCCCAGCCGUUGAGGCCGCCUUGGAUAGCAAGGCCGAAGCCAGAACCGGCCAUACCACCAAAGCUAGCUUGGUAGUGGUGGCCACGGCGCGGUUGGUGUUGCUGAGGCUCGUUUUCGCUGUUGUUGCUACCAUGGAGGCUGUUGGGGCUGUUACCGCCGUUUUCAAAGCCAGGUCCGAACGCAGGCAGGCUGACAGCACGGCUGUGUGAGCCUCGGGCGUUGCUUGGAGCGAGAAGACCGCCAAUGGUGGUGGCGCCAGAGGUGUUGCCGUUCAUGGGAUAUCCAUUGGAAAUGCUUGCAGAUUGACCGUGGGACGAUAGCUGAGCUUGGUGAGGCACUUCGAGACCAAGCUCGUUGCCAGGCUGGCCAGCAUACAUGGCACCAGGCUGAGAAAGUUGCUGCUGGUGAACUUGCUGAGACAUCUGGUUCAAGUACAUGGUGAGGGGGUUGCUGCCUGCAUUGAACAUGGCCGCAGACUCGCCGCUAGGGGAACCGCUGUUCUGAGAGCCGUUGGGAGGAGGCGAAGACACGCCAUCGCCACGAGGAGAGUUGCUCUGCUGCUGGGUCUGUCGAGGAGGGUUUCCGCAACGAUCCUUUCCAAAAUUGACCUUGAACUUCUUGUAUUCAUCUCUGCCGCGAAUGGCCUCAAUGGCCUUGAUGGCGUUGGCAAUGUUGGUGAAGUUGACAAAGGCGCAACUCUUCUCGCGAAGGGUGUUGAUCAGCUCAAUUUCGCCAAAUUCCGUAAAGUCUUGUCGCAAGCGCUCCUCGGUCCAAGUCUCAUCCAAGUUGCCAACGUAGACGUUUCUGGAGGCACCGCCACUGACGGCGAGGGCAAUAGCAGGGGGGAGAGCACCAGAGUGCUUGCCCCAUCCAAUCUUUAGUCGGCGGUUGUGGAUCAUAAGGCCCUGAAUGUUGCUGAGGGCGUAGAACGAGGCAGCGGCGGUAGGGUCGAUGAACGUCACGAAGCAAAUGUGCUUGUCAGGGAUGUAGCGAAUGUGAUGCAACAAGCCGCCUCUAACGACAUUGCAAAUCUCCUCAAUUGUCGUCUCGGGGUGAAUGUUGCCUAGGUAAAUUGUGCGGUUGCCGAGGUUGUUCAUGCCACCAGCAGAGGUAGCAACAGCUGCUGCAGCCACGGACUGCUGAGCCAGAGCGUUAGAGAUGACGUCGCGAUCAGCACCAGUAAGCAUGUGUGCAUAGCCAGGAGCAAUGCCCAGGUACUGAGCUGCAUUCUGCUGCUGCGUCUUGGAGACGUACGCGCAACGAUCCUUGCCGUAGUAGACACGACGAGGAGCUUGCCACUUGGCCUCUUGAGGUAGUUGAGACACGGCCUUGAUAGCAUUUGCAAUAGAAAGAUAAUGAACAAAAGCAAUGUUCUUCUCACGAACAAGCUUGAUGGUAUCAAUAGCACCAAACUUGGCAAGGUCUUCCCUCAGUUCCUCGUCUGUAAUUUCUUCAGGGAGGUUACCGAGAUAGACAUUGCGAGAUGCACCAGAUUGCUGAACAGCCAGCGCUACAGAGGUAGGAACCUGCGAAGGCUUACCCCACCCAACCUUGAUAUCUUGGCCCUUGAUGCACAGCUUCUUCAGAAUAGCGUCGGAGUGGAAAUGGGUCGCGGAGCUGGCGUCGAGAAACGAGAUGAAGGCGCAGUUCUUGUCGGCUAGCAAACGAACCGACUCGAUUUGUCCACUUCGAACGUGUCCAAGAAUUUCUUCCGCAGAGGUGUCAGGCGGGAUGUUGCCAAGGUAGACUGUUCGGCUGGUGCCACUAACGGCGGCAGCGUUGAGGACAGGCGAGCUAGGCUGCAUCGAGGACUGCAUAUUAAAGCUGCCGUUGGUAGGCGAUUGAGGGGGGAAGAAUUGAGGGGCACCGUAUUGAGAAGGGGACACCAUAGCAUGAUACUGCUGAGGGGACAUGCCCUGAGAAGCAUUGUUGCCGUUGUGCUGCUGGCCCUGGUGCUGCUGCGACUGGAAGGCUGAGAGUGACUGGAACUGAGGGCUGCCAAAGGCGGCAGGGCUUCCAGGUUGGAAAGGGCUACCAAGAAGCAGACCUUGUGGCAGAAGAGGAGUGAACUGCAUAUCAAAGCCAGAGCCGGGGCUGGCCAUGUCGUUCAUCCCCUGUGCGUGGUUCACCUGCUGUGUGUUGAGAGAAGGAAUAUUGCCACGGCGAGGGUGUCUCUCAGCAAAUCCAGAGAUGUUGGAGGUGAAUGCGCCAUGGGAGAAGCCAGUAUCGCUGUUGGAAGGCUUGGAAGCGUGGCCGAAGCGAGAGCCUUGGUUGUUGCUGUUGGGGCCAGCCUGGCUCGCACCGUUGAGGUCCUGCAUGCUGAGAAGAUGAGGGGGGACGAACGAGUCCCGCCCGGAGUGCGAGAGAGUAGCCGUUUUGAGAAGUUUAAACGUGCCUGAAUAGAGGCACGAGAUCGAUCAACAGAAAAGCGCUCGUGGGCAGUUGGUCAGUUGCGCUUUGGAGGAGCUGAUGAGACCACCACAGUAUAGUCUUGUGUAAAGAAUGGGGGGUAUAUAAUCGGCCGCGUGCGAGAUGCAAUGACGCGUCUAGAGCGUGCAAUUGGCGCUAGGCAAAGUUUGCAGUAUUGAAAUAAACGAAGGACUGAGAAUCAGAGCGAUGGACUGGAGCCAACGAAAAUGACAAAUUCGAUUUGAUAGCGGCGCUAGGGGGUAGCCGAAUAGUCGAAGAUGUCAGCCGGUCGUCGGUGUGGUCGAUCGAAGGAGAAAGGAGGAAUAGAAAGUAGUUGAAUGAAACGAAGGAAGAGAAGCGAGAAGCAAGGAUCGUCGCCGCACAGCAAAUCUAUAUCGGGUCUUGCGUGGAAGAAAUGCGUGCCGUGAGGAGUCCAGGGGUUGGAGACGUGCCAGAAAUUAGGCGGCGUGAGCGAGAC